AUGACUCAGCCUGAAUGGCAGCUUGUGAUGGCCGAAGAGCUUGCUGCUCUUGAGCGCUCUGGCACAUGGGAUCUGGUUUCCCUUCCUUCCGGUGUUCGUCCCAUCACCUGCAAGUGGGUCUACAAGAUUAAGACUCGCUCUGAUGAACGCCUUUCUCAUUGCGAGUUGCGUGAGGAGGUUUAUAUGCAGCCACCACCGGGGUACUAUGCUCCUGAUGGUAUGGUCUGUAGACUUCGCCGCUCCCUCUAUGGUCUUAAACAGGCCCCUCGCACCUGGUUUGAGCGCUUCGCCUCUGUGUUCCUCAUGACUGAUCUUGGUCCACUUCGCUAUUUUCUUGGGAUUGAGAUCUCCUCGACCUCUGAUGGCUUCUACAUCUCCCAAGAAAAAUAUAUUCAGGAUCUUCUUGCUCGCGCUGCUCUCGGUGAUGAGCGCACUGUUGUGACUCCUAUGGAGCUCAACGUUCGGCUUCGUGCCUCUGAUGGUGACCCUCUUCCUAAUCCCACUCGCUAUCUUCACCUUGUUGGCAGUCUUGUCUAUCUUGCUGUUACGCGCCCUGACAUCUCCUAUCCUGUCCACAUCCUGAGUCAGUUUGUUUCAGCCCCCACCUCUGUCCACUAUAGUCAUCUCAUCCGUGUUCUACGAUACCUUCGUGGCACGAUCUCUCAGCGCCUUUUCUUCCCCCGCUCCAGCUCUCUUGAGCUCCAGGCCUACUCUGGUGCUACCUGGGCUAGUGAUCCCUCUGAUCGACGCUCGCUGUCUGCUUAUUGUGUCUUUCUUGGUGGCUCUCUUAUUGCCUGGAAGACAAAGAAACAGACUGUCGUUUCUCGCUCGAGUACAGAGGCUGAAUUGCGAGCCAUGGCUAUGUUGACGGCUGAGGUGAUCUGGUUAUGGUGGUUACUUGAGGAUUUUGGUGUGUCUGCUACUACCUCGACUCCCUUACUGUCAGACAGCACCGGUGCUAUCAGUAUCGCGCGUGACCCGGUGAAGCAUGAGCUCACCAAGCACAUCGGUGUGGAUGCCCACUUUGUGCGUGCUGCUCUGCAGGAUCAGACUCUCGCUCUUCACUAUGUGCCCUCUGAGUUACAGUUGGCUGACUUCUUCACGAAGGCAUAG